ACCCCGGGCUCCCCACGUUCAGGGGUCCGUCCGGGCAGCCCCAGGAACGAGGGUAGGAUCCGCCGCCCCUUCGCGAACCCCAAGCGACGCCGGGCGCCAGGCAGGCAGAGAGUAUAUUAUUCCAUCCUUGGCCCACAGAUUUAUGGCAGAGAUGGUGGAUUUCUUUAUUCUCUUCUUUAUAAAAGCAACGAUUGUCUUAAGCAUUAUGCACCUCAGUGGAAUAAAGGAUAUCUCUAAGUUUGCUAUGCAUUAUAUAAUAGAAGAAAUAGAUGAAGACACAUCAAUGGAAGACUUGCAGAAAAUGAUGGUUGUGGCUCUAAUAUACAGAUUACUAGUUUGUUUCUAUGAGAUAAUUUGCAUUUGGGGAGCAGGAGGAGCUACCCCAGGGAAGUUUCUGCUGGGGCUUCGAGUUGUGACAUGUGAUACAUCAGUGCUUAUUGCACCAAGUCGGGUUUUAGUGAUUCCUUCCUCAAAUGUUAGCAUUACAACGUCCACUAUACGAGCUUUGAUCAAGAAUUUUUCCAUUGCUUCUUUUUUCCCUGCUUUCAUCACACUGCUGUUUUUUCAGCAUAAUCGAACAGCCUAUGACAUUGUAGCAGGAACCAUUGUGGUAAAAAGAAAUGGGGUUAGAUGAUGCCCCCAAAAGUCCUGAAUUCCAUACUUUCUGGAAUAAUGACAAGACUCAAUUAUGUUUCAAGGCCAUCAGUAUUCCUGGGCUACGUUAAUUGAUGAUUUAGAAAUUAAAGCAGUUGCUCCAGUGUGAUACAGGUGACUAUGCUGAAAGUAUUUUUACUUGAAUGCCAAAGAAUUUUUCCAGAAGAAAAACCUGUUGAAUUCAAGUGUUAAAAUUUUAGAUCAAAAAGAAGGCCAGUGGUUUCAUAAUCAACAAUGGACAAUAUAUACUAAGAUCUAAGGCAUCAGAAUUUGCCGAAAACAUUUUCAGCUUUGAAAUCUCCAAAUGAAACUUUAAAAAUUUAUUUUGGUUUAUCCCAAAAUGAUGGAAAAUGUCCAGUUGUGUUUUGUAAACACAUUAUUCCUCUUUUAGUUAACACUUCUUGGGGAAGGUGUUGUCUUUGCUUUUUGGGGGGAGUGGGAACACAAAUUUGAAAAUCCACUUAUCUCCCAUCCCAGGAGGUGGUGACCUAGCUGCAAGAAAAAGGGGCAAGAGAGGCAGGCCUAGCAGUUCCCUUACCUAAAGUUUUAAAACCUGUACUGCAGUUUACUAUGGGACUGAUGUAACUUUACAACUAUUCUUAAUGCUUCAACAUGUA